ACCACGCCUUUUAGUCAUCAUAUAUAAGGUGUACAACCAUCCCAAAUCGAUAGUCACAAUGUGUCUCGAGGACACCUCAUUGAAUAAUUUUUAUGAAAGAUUGUAUACUUUCAAAAACUGGCCUGGAUUGGUGCCCGCUAGUGAUUUAGCAGUCUAUGGAUUUUACUACUUACAAACAGAAGAUAUUGUAAGAUGUUUCCACUGUGGUGUCGAAAUUUACAAAUGGUUAACGAGUGAUAAUGUAUAUGAAGAACAUAUUAAGUUUAGUCCAAACUGUAGUUUUGCACGAAUAACUCAUUCCAAAUUUCCUACAUACCAAAACAAUCACAGAUCAGCACUAGACAUGAAAACUGAAAACAUGAGUCAUUCCAAAUUUCCUGCAUACAAUAAAGAUAUCAAAAGCGAGAUCAAUCAGCAGAAUGGGAAUUUAUAUCUAAAUUUAUUUUUUAGUAUGCUACACUUUAUCUUUUUGUUAUUGAGUAUAUACGUAAGUAAAAAAGAAUGUAAAUAA